AUGGCGACAAAUCCGUUGUACACAUCGUCGCGGAGACCAAGGACUUUCGAUGAAAACUACACGGAAGUCCGCCAAGCAAAUACAAUCGCUUUUCAGAAGUACCGGCAGACUGGAGCAGAGUUCGAGCGAUAUCCACCGUCGAAGGAGUGGGAGAACCUCGCACUGCCGGUCCCAAACCAUAAAGCCACUGCAAUCGAGCCUGACAGGCAGAAAAAAUGGGUUCGAAAGUACUGGCGGCGCGAUCUGACGAAGCCAGACUUGGAUAAAACUCAAUACAAGAUACCAGCACCCUGUCGCGACGCCUGGAGAUGGCGCACGCAGGUGAAAGCGUGGCUUUCCGGUGCAUCUCUACCCGACGUCAAAUACGUUCGCACUCUGGACUUUACGUCUGAGGGACAUCUUGAAGUACUGGCACGUCACACUGACCCGAUCACUGGCGCCAAGAAGGAUUUCGUGGUCAGAUCUUUCAUGAACGAGAACACGAACAAUUGGGAGAUGUGGCCAAUUCGUGUGGAAGAACGAAACCUGAAGAAACUGGACCGCGCCGCACACAUAGUCCAGAUACUCGAUCGCAAAGACGUGGGACUCCCUGCCCAGACUGGUCGUCCCGACCAUGAAGGACGUGACUUGUACGAUACUACCGAUUCCAGCGAAGACGAGACCAAGGAGGCCCGAGUUGGCCGACCCAAGAAACGGACACGAAGAUCGUACAUGAAGGCAGAGAUCGAUGAGCACAACGCAGCCAAGAAUAAGCGGCAGGCAGAACUUAGGGCUGCUUGGGCCGCAUAUCGGAAGGCCAACGGUAACUCUCGCGACUUUCUGCCCUUGGAAUAUCUCCCAAACGGAAGACUUGAUGAGUUGAUCAUCAAGAUCCAGCAGCAACAGAAGCCUGCUCCGAACCGAGUUCCUUGGUCCUUCUGGCUUUGCUUGGUCCGCGCCUGUACCGCUAUGACGUAUCCCCCGAGGCUUUUCAAUGAAGACCGUGAAAAGCCCGUGGCUGAUGGGGCAUCGCGAGCCUUGGUUGAAGACGUGCCAUCGAGGACGCAACGAUGGAGAGCAAAGAAUAUGGCCCACUUUGCGCUCACCCUGAAAGUGCUCGCGAGAUUCCACCAAGCUGCGAAUAUCAAGUCCGAGAAAAUGGAUGGCUAUUAUGGACACAAACGCGAUCUAGGAUACCAUGCCUAUUUUGCGCCGGAGCAGUUCUGUAAUGAGUGGGACAAAUUCGGUCACGAUGCCACCUCAGAUGAAAUUGCUCGGAGUAUCAACGCCCGUGGCAUAGCCGGAAACUAUGGCACACACACCAACGUAUGGGGAAUAGCCAACAUCAUGUUCACUCUCAUCACCACCACAUAUCCGCCGAUGCCGCCGCAACCCGCGCAGCAGAACCCUAAAAUCAAGUACGCAUAUGGCGGUUUGCUCGAGAGCCACCUCAGCUAUGGCAGCAUGCUCUUGGACGACGAGUGGAAUCACGUUGACCGCGCUCUUCGCGAGACUAUCGUCAAGUGCAUGUGCCACAACCCAACCAACCGGCCGACGCUCGAACAGCUCUUGGAAGAGGCUGAGGACGCCCAGGCGACGGGAAUCUUGAUGGAGGCCGACCAAGUCGUGCGUGACUGGGUCACUGCUAUGGGGCUUGACACCGAUGAUCACAUCGACACCAACGACGACCAUGCAUUUAACGAGGACUAUUAUCUGCGCUCAGGCCCGGAUGACACGGAUGCUGCGGCCCGAGCAGCUGCGCAAGACGCAACGCUUUCAGCUGCAAAGAAGGCGGCCGACAAGGCGGCGGCAGAAAAGAGGGCAGCAGAUGUAGCAGCGAACCUAGCAGCGAUUGAAGCACAGACCCGAGCAGAAGCUGAAGCAAAGGCGCGGCAAUUGGCAGCAAAGAAGAAGGCGGCGGCUGAAGCUCAAGCGGAAGCGGAGAGACUGGCGGCGGUACCGGCUCUGACACCAGCCCAGACGCAAGCCCAGACGGAUGCUCGAGCAAACGCCGACAGAUUAGCAGCGGAGGCACGAACAGCGGAUGAGGCAGCGACAGCGGCCGCGUCUCUGGCAACGACGGCGCUCGCCAACGCGUCGCCCCUGGUACAAGCAUUGAGAGCAAAAGUUGUCCAAGCAACCAAGGAGGCCGAAAAUGCAGCAGAUGCUAAGAAAGCAGCGGAUGUCGCUUACAAGAAAGCCGUAGCGGCACUUCAUGCGGGCUCGAACUCAAACGGAGACAAAAGCGUUUCAGCAAAGCCGGUCGACACCAUUGGGGAAGAGGAUCGCCUUCGAAAGGCCAUGUUCAUGGCGAAGAGAGCAGCCCAAUCAGCAGCUGACAAGCUCGUUGUGGCCCACGCAGCCGCCCGUGAAGCAGCCGGCGAACCGCCCGCCUUUGUUUUCGCCGAACAAGAGCUUGCCGAUACGGACCUGCUGGCGGUUAUGUGUGCGUUUUGA